CGGCAGCGGUGCGGACGAAGUUAACCACAGCGACAAAUUUAUCAUUUAUUCGACUUGUUGUCAACCAACGAGGAGUUGUGUGUCGAGGAGAACACCGACAUGGCAGAUGACCUGGACAUCGAGGCGAUGCUGGAGGCUCCUUACAGGAAGACUUGCCUAACGAUUUCUCAUCUCUACUCCCCUGAAUGCCAGUGUGAUCUGUCACAGACAUGAAGGGCCCUUCAGAGGAGUCCCAUCAAGCCAAAAUCAGCACAUCCACUGAGGAAGAAGAGUCCGAGUUUGUGGAGUGUCUGUCUGCUGCCGGAUCUCCAGCCGGCUGCCUGACUGACCUGACCUCUGACCCCUGACCCCUCCCCCAGCACACAAAACUAAGUCUGUUUCAAUGACGACAAGAUGGGCAGCCCCGAUGGGGGGGAGGAACAGCCAAAGAGCAGGAAGAAGCGCAGUCGCAGUCGCGACCGGAAGCGCAGCAGGAGUCGAGACAGGAAGCGAAGUCGCGAGCGGAAACGCAGCCGAGAGAAGCGGCGCAGUCGCAGCAGGGAGCGCCGUCGCAGUCGCGAGAGGGGAGGGCGCUACAGGGACUACAACAAGUCGCGGAAGCGGUCAAAGAGCAGGAGUCCAAUCAAGAGGGAGAAGAGUCCAAACAGGCUGCCAAUAGACAACUUGACUCCAGAAGAGCGAGAUGCUAGGACCGUGUUUUGCAUGCAGCUGGCAGCCCGCAUUCGACCUCGAGACCUGGAGGAGUUCUUUUCUGCUGUGGGCAAGGUUCGAGAUGUCAGGAUGAUCUCAGACAGGAACUCACGCAGGUCCAAGGGCAUCGCUUACAUCGAGUUUGUGGAAGCCAGUUCUGUUCCUCUGGCCAUUGGUCUGACGGGCCAGAGGCUGCUGGGAGUUCCUAUCAUCGUGCAGGCCUCACAGGCUGAGAAGAACCGAGCGGCCGCUGCCGCCGCAGCCGCCAACAACCUGCAGAAAGGAUCGUCAGGCCCAAUGAGGCUUUACAUCGGCUCGCUGCACUUCAACAUCACUGAGGAGAUGCUGAGGGGGAUCUUUGAGCCGUUUGGAAGGAUUGAAGGCAUCCAGCUGAUGAUGGACACUGAGACGGGACGUUCCAAAGGAUACGGCUUCAUCACAUUUGCAGACGCAGAGUGCGCUAAGAAAGCGCUGGAGCAGCUCAACGGCUUUGAGCUAGCAGGUCGGCCCAUGAAGGUGGGGCAUGUGACGGAGAGGAGUGAUGGCGCCAGCGCCGCCUCUCUUCUGGAUAAUGACGAGCUGGAACGCACCGGCAUUGACCUCGGAACCACCGGACGCCUGCAGCUCAUGGCCCGCCUGGCAGAGGGUACGGGGCUGCAGAUCCCUCCUGCUGCCCAGCAGGCACUGCAGAUGAGCGGAGCCAUUGCAAUUGGAGCCAUGGCUGCUGUCUCAGCUGCCAUGAAUCCGGCUCUCAACCUCAACAUGAACCCCCCAGCUCUGAACCUUCCCUCUCAGCCUCUGGCCACACACUGCUUCCAGCUCUCCAACAUGUUCAACCCCAAUAGUGAGGAGCAACCUGGCUGGGAGGUGGAUAUCCAGCAUGAUGUCAUAGAGGAGUGUAACAAACACGGUGGAGUCGUGCACAUCUACGUGGACAGGAACUCAUCUGAGGGGAAUGUGUACGUCAAGUGUCCAUCCAUCCCCGCUGCCAUGGCGGCUGUGAGCGCUCUUCAUGGGCGGUACUUUGCAGGCAAGAUGAUCACUGCGGCAUAUGUCCCUUUGCCCGCCUACCACAACCUGUUCCCAGAGGCCGCUACUGCCACGCAGCUGCUGGCACCGCCCGCACGCCGAUGACUGGACAUGUUUUAGUCUGUUCAGAUAUACAGUAAGAUACUUCCUGUUUGCGUUCUGUUCAAAUGCUGUGGGCGUGGCCUCCAUCCAGCUCCGCCUGUACUGUCCAAUGAGUGAGCUCUGUGAGCUGCGAGGAGGCAGAGUUUUCUAGUCAAAUGUUGAUUUUGUAAAAUCCUUGAUUAAACUUUAUUUUCAAGUCACAAAGAAGUGUCUUAUUUUUU